AUGGAGGACAACGAGUACAUCGUCUCGGUCGUCGCCCUGAUCAUAUCGGUCGUCGCACUGAUCGGGGCAAUCCUGCAGCUCCUCCAGCAAUACUAUGCCUCGGCGAUAGGAUACUCCAGCUGUAACGAGCGAGUUAUGGGCCCCUGGGCCGGCACAAGGAGGAGGAUCUUCCGAUAUUCAGAACUCCGCUUCGAGGUCCGCUUCGAGGCCCCAGUCCUCUUCGUCUGCCCGCCGAGCAACACAAGGGGCCCAGUCCCCAAGCAGGAGGUCAUGUUCCUCAAGGGGACAGAAGAGAGCGAGGCAGACACCAGGUCGCUGCCGUUGACGAGGACGGAGAAGGACAGGCAACAAGCCGAGAAGAAGGAGGUGGAAAAGCUGGGCCGCCAGGCCAGGCUCCACACACACGUGCACACCGCGGACAACGAGCGCGCCACCUGGGCAAUCCUGCUACAGGCCCUACAGCAAAUGGAGUACAGCAGCCACGAGUGGGAGGUCGAGACGCUCAAGCAGGACGUGACACGUGCCGGGCCCAAGGCCGAGCUCCCGGAGUCAGUUCCUGGCUGGGAGUCGCACUCUGCCGUGGUCGCCCUGCAGCCCAAGCUGAGGAGCUGGGACACCAUGCCCGACGCGGUCAAGAAGCCCUACGCGACGACGACCAUCUGCCAUAUUGUCGAGAUUGCGGCCAUGUUGGGCCUGCACUGGAGGGAGUUUGACCGGUCCAACCACAAGUACCUGGCCGAGGGGAACGGGUACCUGCUCACGGGCCACGAGGUCCAGGAUCUGGGCAUCGCCUUCAACUUCCAGAUGUACGGCGGCAACAAGUUCGAGCAGAACCGCAUCAUCCCUACCGAUGAGAUUAAACUGCUGGCUUUCGGAAACGUGUCCACCAUCUACCGGCCAGAGGCGGGCAAGGACGGCAAGGUGCCUUACGACAACGAGGACCCCAAGAACACCUGGGUGCUCCAGUUCGGCAGCACGACGGAGCUGGUCGAAUCGCUCACCCACUUUGGCUGCAACUCCAAGACGACAAACUACUUCCGUGACCCGCAGAAGAAGCACGCCCAUCUUUUCCCUGUGGUCUUCGAGGUUCUUGGUAUGAUCGCGAAGCCCAUGUACAUCGAGAACACGUACUACCGCUACCUGCCCAACCCGACGACGUACAGCUGGAACAAGAAGAACUUUUCCCUCCCCAAGCUGAUCCUCGAGUUCAACCGCGCCGUCAACGACGACGACAUCGCACCCGAGACGGACCACCUGGUGCAGCUGCGGAAGUGGGUCUACGACGUUGCCAAGCACCUCCAGAACAAGAAGGCCUGGCGCGACGACAGCGUGUUCCCCAUGACCCUCCUGCGGGCGCUGCACGAGGCCAUCGCCAAGUGCGACAAGUAUCUGAAGGACGAGGGUGCCGAUCUUGUGUCCCUGGUCAUCCGCGAGCACGUCCAGGAGAUCAUGCGCCUGCUUAACACGCGGGCACCGUCUUCGUCCAGCGACAGCGGUGACGAGUCGACACUGUCGGCGCGGGAGAACCAGACUUUCGACGAGCUCAACUCGGCGGGCCCGGAGGAGAAGCAGCAGAAGUUCAUGGACAUCUACUUCACGACGGUGGCGCAGGCGGUGACGCGCAACUGCCACGAGGUGCUGCGCAAGAAGAACAGCACGCGGUACGUGCACUCGCCGUCGCAGUCGAGGGUGGACCUGGGCAUGGCCGCGACGCCCGACGACGCGGCGACAACGGUGCGCGACAGCGUGGGGUCGGAGCUCAGCGGCUCGAAUCCGAACGAGAAGGCGGACGCGGCGGAGGUGCAGGUGCAGCCGAGGCGGUCGUCGACGCCGCAGCUGCUUGUGACGCCCGGCCACCCCCGCGAGGGGGAGGGCAUGGCGCGGCUCAAGAGGAUGUCGACGACGCUGCACGAGCAGCUCACAGGCAACGUGUGGUGCACGCUCGUGUUCCGGAUGCUGUGCUGGCUGCUGCUGCACGACUUCCACAAGAAGGACGUGCAGAUCAGCAAGAGCGAGCUGUACGGGAGCCGGCUGCCCGUCUACAUUGUUUAG